GGCGGAUCAGUGGUGAGCGGAAGUUGAGGAGCCCUUUCUGAUCGUGGACAGCCAUCAUGGUGUUCAAACGUUACGUUGAGAUCGGACGCGUCGCCUUUGUUGCGUUCGGACCCCACGAGGGCAAGUUGGUGGCGAUUAUCGAUGUCAUCGACCAGAACAGGGCCCUGGUGGAUGGCCCAUGCACGGGAGUGAAGAGACAGGCCAUGCCAUUCAAGUGCAUGCAGCUCACCGACUAUGUCAUCAAAGUGCCCCACGGUGCCCGUCAGAAGUUCGUGAGGCGCGCCUGGGAGAAGGCAGAGGUCAGCAAAAAAUGGGAAGAGAGCAACUGGGCCAAGAAAAUUGAGGCCAGGCAAAAGAGGGCCAAAAUGUCUGACUUUGACCGCUACAAGGUGAUGAAGGCCAAGAAAAUGAGGAACAAGAUCAUCAAGCACGAGUUGAAGAAACUGCAGAAGGCUGCAGUGAAAAAGGCCUAAACUUUCAUCAAUAAAUCUGUUUCACUUGUUA